AUGGUGCUGCCCACCGUCAUUCAGCGGGCACCCCCGCCGGAACCCAUAGAUUUCGAGGACAACGCCGACGCCAUAGCCCUCCAGUCGGCCAUAUCAGUCCUCCUUCUCCAGCGCAAGAAGGCAGACCAGCACAUCCGCCUGCUGCGGGACCACAAGGACGCCUCCGUCGCCGACCCGGCCAGGUUCGCCGAGCUGCUGGCCGCCGCAGACAGGGAUAGGUCCACGGCGAACCUGCCCUUCAAGGACGCCUUCUCCGCCCAGGCCAUCGCGUCGUGUCCCCAGAUCAACUGGGAGCAGUACGCCGUCGUGGGGGAGCCCCUUGACCGCCUCCACGCCGAGCAGGUCUCCCGCCCGCCCGAGACGGCGCCGUCGGUCUACUCGGGAGGCGUCUACGAGUCCGGCACGCCAGCCGCCGCGGCUGCUGGGUCUGGCAGCCUUGCGAGGCCUGAAGAGUACCGUGGUCCGCUGGCGCCGUACUCGCCUUGGAGGGACGCCGCUGACAGUGCGCCCUCCAAGUCCAGGUCGAACAAGUAG